UUUUUUAAUUUUUUGAAUCGUUGGGGAAAAUUCCGCAAGGUUCGUCGCUCGCUUUUUGCCCAUAGGGCGGUAUGUGAUUGGUUAAUCGGAUAAACAAUAACAACGUAGAAAUCCGAAGUGGCCGAUUCGUUCCAAUUUUAUUGUUAAUUAAUUUCCAAGGUUCUAAACUUUGUUAAUAAAAGUUCGAAGCCUCGUUUCGACUAGUCCGUGAUAAAGAGAAUCAAGUAAGUGUAAAAGCUGUCAAACUGUGAUAAGAGUGUGCUAGUUAAAUCGCCGGUGAAGUGCUGAAACGACUGCUAUUCAGUAGGAUCUAGGUCAAAAACGAAUCUAAUUUGUUCGGCGAGUCGAUUUAGGUACGUUUCGAUAAAACAGUAGCCGGUCUCAUGGCAAAACGUUCGAACAAGCCGUUUGAAGACUUCGAUAUCACUAAACAAGAGCUGAAACAGAUCGGCGAGGCUUUUAAGAAGAGAGAAUUCGUCGAACUUUUCGCCGAAUACGCCAAAGAAGUCAACGAUCCAAAGAACAAAGCUUUGUACGAGAGUGAGAUCAAACAGUUGGAGAGGGAGAGAGGAAACGAAGUUACUUUCAUCCACCCUGAGCCUGGGUACGUGGUAAAAACGAGCGUAGAUGGAUGUCAAAAGGCAUUCGUCAACAUUUGCCACAGCGAGCACAUUCAAAGGCCUUCUGCUGAGCGUACGGAACAGGACGGCACCGUGGGUCUCACAUGGUCAGUUCCGUACACGCACGUCAAAGGUCGGGUGGAUUUCGACAAGAAGAACAACUAUUGCCAGUUUUUCGAUGUCGUCUUCCACCCGGACAGCAUCCACCUCGCGAAGAAGAACGGCCAGUUCAAGCAGCUCGUCGAAGACACGGCACUGUCUGCAGUCGAAGACAUCAACGGGGUCAAACUUGACAGAAAAAAUUUAAAAUACCCGAAAGCCGGCUAUAAAGGGCCGCCUCAGACGUCUGUGAUAAGGAAAAAGAUCAACAGGUCCGGUGAAGAUAAGAAGGCCGUCGAGGAAGAAGCGCCAUUCCAGAUUCCGAAUUAUCCGUAUCCCGACAUAGACAAAAACGAAAAGCCCAAACAUUCCACUCCUAGGCGAACCUUUGAGGGCAAAGACAGCGAUCCGUACACGACGCCGGUUUACGUCCUCAAGCAGAGAAAGAACGUCGAAUAUGAAGAAUUCACAAAUGCUUUAGACGCAAAAGUCAAUUCUUCUAUACCCAAUGAGCUCGUUGUCGAGAUUGAACUGCCGCUCGUCAAAUGCGCCGCUGAUGUAGAAUUGGACAUCGAGGGAAAGUCGCUCUCUCUCCUAUCAGAAAAAUCUGCCAAGUACAAAUUAAAAAUCGACCUGCCAUAUUUUGUCGACGAUGACAACGGUUCUGCCAAAUUUGAUAAAGAAGAGAAAAGACUCGUCAUUACAUUGCCUGUGAGGAGGAAGGCGUUUCACAUAAAUGAUUUUGUCAAAGAAGACAGUGGAAUCGAGAGUGAUCAUACGCCUGCGAAUAAAUCCUCGAGCGAAGAAGAUCUGAGUAAAGACAUCGAAAUUAUAUCUUCAACAGAAGCCCUUUCCAUUUGUGAGAGUGAUGACACAUAUCGGACUAGUGAAGAAGUUAAAAGUGAUUUUCUGAAGAAAGACCGCCUCUACAUGUUUCCACCAUUCACGAUAUCCCAUUCUGGAUCUUCGAUCUCCUUUAAUUUAGAUAUUAAGAACGUUGAACCUUCCAGUGUCGAACAUCAGUUUCAUCCCAACGGUGAUGCUGUCCAUAUGAGCUUUGCGUCUCUAGGCUCCGGCUGUUUUCCGUCUUAUUACGCAUUUUUUUUCAAACUGCCUGAUACAUCUCUGGACACUUCCUCCCUCAAGGUGGAAGUAUGGGACAACACUCUAGUUGCUAAUUUGAGCAUAAGUUGUCCUACUCAUUUUGUCCUCUCGUCUUACUUUGCUGGUCUAAAUUCUGAAAGCCUUAAGGAAUAUUAUAUAGAUGAACAUUUCCAAACAAUUCCAAGUACAUCAGCUGAGGAUGAAAAAGAAGACAAAAUUGAAAGCUCAAAUGAAGAGAAACCCGAAAUUUCCAAUAAUUCUUCAGUCAAGGAAUCAUGUGAUGAAGGGAUUGUUUCAAUUUCACCCUCAGAUAGUGAAACAUCGCCUCUUGCUACUUAUAAUUCUGACAAAGGUGAUUCCUUCAGCAGUAUAGCCGGUAAUCUAAGCGCGUCGAAGAAGAAACUUGCUCCCAAGGCUAGAACUUUUUCAGAAUCAACAUUGGCGCCUUCAGACGAUGUUGCAGGGCGAAGAAGCAUUUUAAAAAAGAGUCGAAGUUUAUCUGAAUCUCAUAGUGAAGAUUAUUACAAUUGGUCAUCUCUUGACUCUGAGGACAAUAACUUGACUAAAAAGACUGUACGCUUCAGUGAUAUCAUAUCAAAAAAGAUAUUCAGGCCGAAUUCAAGCAUUCUUGGCCAAAGGAGCAAGAACCAGAAGAAGUCUAGAAACAAGAAAAAGGCUAUGGAUAAGAGGAGGAGCGAAUCGUCUGAAGCUGAAUCCGAGUCAUACUCAGAAAUGUCAGAAGUGUCUGAUCUAUCCGACGCCACGGAUAUUUCCGAGUCCUCUGACGAUAAUUCAGCACCUCCGCCACCUAUGGAAGGAGGCAAGAAGCACCGAAGAAGGGGGUCGAAAAACAGGAGAAAAAAUGCAGCUUCGGCCAAACAGAACUUUAUUCUGUGCGAGGAUUAACUUCAAAACAGGGUUUUUUUACUAGUUCAGUUAUGUACAAAAAAUCUAUAUAUAUAAAAAACUGGAGCCAAUAAAAAGUACAUACACCCAGUGAGAUAUAUCAUUAGUAUAGUACAAGUAAAUUAAUUAGUGGUAAUUCAUAGGCAUACAGAAAUGCAAAUUAAUUUAGCUUAAUUAUAAUUCUGUAUGUUUAAAUAUUGAAAGAUAAAAAUGUUCAAACAAAUACCAUUGACUGUAAGCUACACUACUUAAUAAAAUUGCAUAAAUACUAUAAAUAGACUGGGUGAAAUAUAAAAACCAGUUAUGAUAUUUCAGCUGAAGUAAUUGUGAUUUUUGACUGCUUUAAUUAAAAUUGUGUUUUAUAUCAUUCAAUAAAAAAUAUCUAAUGAAAUAUAACAAACUUUUAUAAUGUUUGUACACAUAAUAAGUAGUGAAGUAAACACAUUUGAAAGAGAAA